CGUUGGCUAGAUUCUAGUCAAUACACGAACUCGCUAUCCUUGAACUACACCGCCUCGCGCAUCUAGAAACGGUGCUGCCUACUAGGACGCAAUUCCUCUUAUACGAUCAAGCAGACACAGAAUCUCUUCUUUGGGCCGGGGUAUACAAUACACACAAUAGAUACGCCUGGGGAUCUCGAAUCUCCAUUACUUCAUAACCAAUGGCUUUCCUCAUCCUCGUGAUCGGGGAUCUCCACAUCCCCGACCGCGCCCUCGACAUACCACAAAAGUUUAAGAAACUCCUAUCCCCCGGAAAGAUCGGACAGACGCUCUGCCUCGGAAACCUGACGGACAAGCACACAUACGAAUACCUGCGAUCGGUCGCACCCGACCUAAAAAUCGUCAAAGGCCGAUUCGACGUUGAAGCCACUUCGCUCCCCUUAUCGCAAGUUGUGACGCACGGGUCUCUGCGCAUCGGAUUUGUGGAAGGGUUUACGCUGGUAUCGACAGAACCGGACCUGCUACUGGCCGAGGCAAACAAGCUGGACGUGGACGUGCUGUGCUGGGGAGGUACCCACCGCUUCGACGCCUUCGAAUACAUGGACAAGUUCUUUGUGAACCCCGGUAGCGCCACGGGAGCCUAUACGACAGGCUGGACUAAGGAGGGCGAGGAUAUGGUGCCCAGCUUCUGUUUGAUGGAUGUUCAAGGUAUAUCACUCACACUCUACGUCUACCAGCUGAGAAAAGAUGCCAACGGGGUGGAGAACGUCGCUGUAGAAAAGGUGACUUACACGAAACCUGUAGAGCCCACAGGAGGGUCAUCGUAAUCUUAAGAAGAGGCUAUCUAGAUUAACAAGUUCUCCGAGUCAACCGAUGAACCAGAAAAACCACAUGUACUCCUACGAUACACAGGAGCAGGCUUAUACCCUUGAUUAAUGAAACAAUCCGUUGUUGGCAAAGAACGAAAAAGACUUGAUUUGGUAUCCUGUGCACUCUUAAGGAGUAACGUG